CGAGGCCGACAGUCCACAGUGCGGAAUGACAACUCCUCGGGGAUGGCGGACAAACCUCCGACGGUGCUCUUGAAACUGUUAGCCGCCGGCUUUUACGCGCUCAGUUCGUUCGUCAUCGUCAUGGUGAACAAGAGCGUGCUCACCUACUACCGGUUCCCUUCGUCGAUAUGCGUUGGGAUUGGGCAAAUGUUGGCGACGGUGGUUGUCCUGUGGGUGGCCAAGGCAGCGAGGGUGAUCAGCUUCCCAGACUUGGAUAAGAAAGUACCUCUGAAGACAUUUCCCCUACCUCUCCUAUAUGUGGGCAAUCAGAUUAGUGGUCUGUAUGGAACCAAAAGGCUCAACUUGCCGAUGUUUACUGUGCUCAGGAGGUUCUCCAUCUUGUUCACGAUGUUGGCUGAGGGAUUCCUGCUCAAGAAGAAAUUCAACAGGUCAGUCCAGCUGACGGUCUUUGCAAUGAUACUUGGGGCCUUCAUCGCUGCGAGCGCCGACAUGUCCUUUGACCUGCAAGGCUACGUCUGCAUCCUCCUCAAUGAUGUGCUCACGGCGGCCAACGGUGCUUUCGUCAAGCAGAAAUUGGAGGCCAAGGAGCUGGGCAAAUACGGCUUGGUGUAUUACAACGCAUUAUUUAUGAUCUUACCCACUCUACUGCUGGCUCACAUGACUGGGGACAUCCAGAAGGCCAUGGAUUACGACGGCUGGUCUGACGUGUUCUUCCUCAUACAGUUCUUCCUGUCCUGCGUUAUGGGGUUUGUCCUCAUGUACUCCAUCGUGUUUUGUACACACUACAACUCUGCACUUACUACCACCAUCUUGGGCUGCAUUAAGAAUGUCCUGGUGACGUACAUUGGAAUGGUGUUCAUUGGCGACUACAUCUUCUCCUGGACCAACUUCAUAGGUUUGAACAUAAGCAUCGCAGCCAGCCUGGUGUAUUCGUACAUCACGCUGCGCGAGGAGCAGCCCAGCAAUUUCAGCGAAAGCACCAAAAUGGACAUCAAGGGCAAGAUGGUUGUAUGACGCUGGAUUCUGUUUCCUCUUUUGCUCAUGCGCGUGUCCUUCUUUGAAACGCUUUAUGUCUUGAGGAGGAACCGAUGGUUAAGAAUCAUCAUUGGCAAAGAGGGUUACGAUUAUUCUUAGAUUUUUUUAAAAAGAGACAGUAGUCUUCCUAUUUUUUUAAGUAUUGAGAAGGGAAAAAUAUUUAUGGAACUUUUAUAGACAUUUUACUGGAGAAACGCACACAAGAGUGCCAGCUGUUUCUCGCCCCCCGUAAAGUGUUGUCAUGAGCCGCCAGCAUUUUAUUCAUGUCAGAAAUUAUGCUCCAUAAUAAUAAUAUCCGUUCGCACUCUUCAGCCAACCAAAUCAAAGAAUCCACAUUUGUAUCCAAAUUGUGACGGCUGACAUCUGCUUUGUUUACCUGCACCCAUGGUGGCCGAGAAUAGUUUUUAAUUCAUGUUUUUAUGAUUGGAUCGAUAAUUCCAAAAAUGAAUCAGAUAAGAAAUAAUUUUGCUUUAGAGUUUAGUGCAAAAUACCCCCCCGCCCACC